CUCACCGGAAGAAUGGAAUCUAUUACCAAGCAUGCAAUUGUGAUUAAAAUCAUGGUUCGUACCAGAUCCAAGAGGCAGAUGACUCAUGUGAGAGUCAAGUUUCUUGAUGACCAGAACAGGUUUAUCAUGAGAAAUGUCAAGGAACAAGUCAGAGAAGGUGAUAUUCUCACACUAUUGGAGUCUGAGAGGGAUGUCAGGAGGUUGAGUUGAGCCCAUGAUUAUGAUUGCCAAAUCAAUAUUCCUUUGAA